AUGCAUCGAUAUCUUCGACAGUCGCUAGACAAUAUAUUCAAAAAGAAUAGAGAAUGGGUUUCCACGAAGACAAGCGGUGACCCUGGUUUCUUCGACAAGCUUGCUGCGGGCCAGUCACCGGACUAUUUAUAUAUCGGUUGCAGUGACAGCCGUGUUCCUGCCAAUGAGAUCAUGGGCUUGGAAGCCGGCGAAGUCUUUGUGCACCGCAAUAUCGCGAAUCUGGUGCCCAAUGUCGACCUCAACGUCAUGUCGGUGAUCAACUAUGCUGUGCGCCAUCUUCACGUCAAACAUAUCAUUGUUUGUGGUCACUACAAUUGUGGUGGGGUGAAGGCCGCGAUGACGUCCGCGGAUUUGGGCCUUUUGAACCCGUGGCUGCGCAAUAUUCGGGAUGUCUAUCGCCUCCAUGAGCGUGAGCUCGACUCCAUCCCGGAGGAGGACAAACGGUACAAUCGGCUCAUUGAGUUGAAUGUGAUCGAGUCCUGCCGCAAUGUCAUCAAGACCGCUGCGGUUCAACAGAGCUACGAGAAAAAUCAAUAUCCCAUCGUGCACGGAUUUGUGUUUGAUCUCCGGGAUGGGUUACUCCGAGAUCUGGAGGUCGACUUUGAAGCCAUGCUGCAAGAUGUCAAGAAGAUCUAUUGUCUUUCGCCAUCUGCGAAGAAAUAG